AAUAGAGUCACACCGUUGUUCUUCACACCGUUGUUGUUCAUAUUUGAGUUGCAUUUCUGUCAAGGUGGAAGCAAGGCCGGUUCUACGCAGGGGCAAGAGGGGGCAGUGCCCCCUCAAAUAAAUGUCUUGCCCCCUCAAAUCAAAAUUUUGAAAACUUGAGAAAGCACAUGUUAAUAUACUCACAAAAUGAAUAUAUUACAAGUUGACAAAAUGAUCUGCGGUAGCGGAAAAAUCCGCCGAAAAAGGGACACUACACAAUACGCUCUUAUUACAAGACAGAAGUCAAAAUUCACUGCACAGAAAUGGCGGAAUCAGCAGCAAGUCGGUUUGUGGAUCAGUUCAGCUGUUCAGUCUGUUUAGAUGGACUGAAGGAGCCGGUGACGAUUCCCUGUGGACACAGUUAUUGUAUGAGCUGUAUUACUGUCUGCUGGGACCAGAAAGAACAGGGGCCGCCAUACCGCUGUCCCCAGUGCAGAGAGAGCUUCAGUCAGAAACCUCUACUGAAGAAGAACACCCUCAUAGCUGAGAUGAUGGAGACACUGCAGAAGACGGCUCUGCAGACGGGUGCUGUGGACUGUGAUGUUUGCAUUACAGAGAAGAACAGAGCUGUAAAGUCCUGUCUGCAGUGCUUGGCCUCCUUCUGUCAAACUCACCUGCAGCCUCACUAUGAAUCUCCUGCGUUUAUGAAGCACAAACUAGUCGAAGCCUCCAGAAACAUUCAGGAGAACAUCUGCCUCAGUCAUGGGAAACUUCUGGAGAUGUACUGUCAGGAUGACGGUCAAUGUAUUUGUUGUUUGUGUACUGAUAAUCAUAAAGGACACAGUGUGGUGUCUGUGGAUUCCGAAUGGACUAGUAAAAAGGAUGAGUUAAUGGAGACAGAGGUGUCAUGUCAAAAGCUGAUCCAGGAGCGAGAGAGAGGUCAGCAGGAACUCAGUGAAGCUGAGAAGCUUCUUACAAGUUCGGCGCUAGAGACCAUGGAGGAUGUUGAGAAAGUCUUCACUGAGCUCAUCUGGUCUCUUGAGAGGAAACGCUUUGAGAUUAAAGAGCAGAUCAGAGCUCAGGAGAAAACUGAGAAAGAUAGAGCAGAGGAACUUCGCAAACAUCUGGAUCAAGAGCUAAAAGAACUCAGAAAAAGACAAGACAAGAUUAAGAAGCUUCUGAUUACUGAUGAUCAGAUCCACUGUCUGAAGAGCUGCCAGUCUGUGAGUGUUUUACCCACUUUUGAAGGCGGCAUCACUCAACACACUCACCUGUUCUUUAAAGACAUUUCAAUCUCAAUGUUUAAGGAGGUUUUGGAGGAUGUCUGUCAACAACAAACAGGCAGAAUAUUCAGAGAAGUGUCAAAUGUCUAUGUUUCAAACCCUCCAGAACCAAAGACCUCAAAUGAUUUUUUGCAGUAUUUCUGUGAGCUUCACUUGGAUCUAAACACUGCACACCAAAAAGUCAAACUGUCAGAAGACAACAGGAAAAUAUCAUCUUCAGAAAUAGCUCAGCAAUAUCCUGAUCAACCAGAGCGGUUUAAUGAGCGUCCCUAUAUCUUGUCUAGAGAUGGUUUGUACGGUCGCUUUUACUGGGAGGUUGAGUGCAGUGGGGAUGAAUGGGCUGUAGGAGUUUGUUACAUAGGAAUUAAACGUAAAGGAAGCACUAAUGACUGUGCACUUGGCUUCAACAACAAGUCAUGGAGACUGGGUUAUUAUCUGAAGAAAUUCGGAUUCAUUCAUGAGCAAAAAAAAGUCUCAAUCCCUGUUGUCUCUAGAAUAGGAGUGUAUCUGGAUUACAGAGCAGGAACUCUGUCCUUCUACAGUGUCUCUGACACAAUGACUCUCCUUCACAGAGUCCAGACCACUUUCACUGAACCCUUAUACCCUGCAUUUAAGGUUGGAGCUGGUUCAUCUGCCAGGAUCAUAGACCUGAAAAAAAAACACGUAUCCACCUCAUUUUGCAACAUGGAAGAAAGCUGUCUUUAUGACACUGUGAGAUUUUCUCUUAAAGAUAUUUCCUGGUGAAAUGAAAAUUAAAAGUUUGCAGCACAAAGCAGCA